GGCUGCGCGGGGUGUUGGGGGGGAGGGGGGUUGAGGACGGAACGACCGCGGCGCGAUGGGGAAGCUGAACGCGGUGAUGCUUCGGUACCUCUCCAAGGAGCACUUCAGGGUCCUGACAGCGGUGGAGAUGGGCAUGAAGAACCAUGAGAUAGUUCCUGCUAGCUUGAUUGCCUCCAUUGCCAGCCUGAAACACGGGGGCUGCCAUAAAAUACUGAGAGAGCUGGUGAAGCACAAACUUCUGGCUUAUGAGCGAACAAAAACUGUCCAGGGUUACCGCUUAACUAACGCCGGGUACGAUUACCUUGCUCUGAAAGCUCUGUCUGCCCGACAGGUCAUAACUUCUGUUGGAAACCAGAUGGGUGUUGGCAAAGAAUCAGACAUUUACAUUGUUGCAGAUGAAGAGGAGCAGCACUUUGCCUUGAAGUUACACAGGCUGGGAAGAACUUCCUUCCGCAGCCUGAAAAACAAACGUGACUACCACAAGCACAGGCACAAGAUGUCAUGGCUGUAUCUAUCCCGACUAGCAGCAAUGAAGGAGUUUGCCUACAUGAAGGCUUUGCACGACAGAAAAUUUCCUGUUCCAAAACCUGUGGACUACAACAGGCAUGCAGUUGUGAUGGAGCUGAUUGAUGGCUAUCCUUUGUGCCAGGUGCGCCAGAUGGAAGAUCCUGCCUCUCUCUACAGUGAAUUAAUGGAUCUCAUUGUCAAACUGGCCAAUCAUGGUUUGAUUCAUGGUGAUUUCAAUGAAUUUAAUCUCAUCUUGGAUAACGAAGACCAUGUCACUAUGAUUGAUUUCCCUCAGAUGAUCUCAACAUCCCAUCCAAAUGCUGAAUGGUAUUUUGACAGAGAUGUGAACUGUGUUAAGGAGUUCUUUAAGAAACGCUUCAACUACGAGAGUGAGCUCUUCCCAGCAUUCAAAGACAUCAGGAGAGAGUGUUGUCUUGACAGGGAGAUUGCUGCCAGUGGCUAUACAAAAGAAAUGCAGGAAGAUGGUGAACUGCUAUACCCACCAGGUUCUGAUGAGGAUGAUAAUACAACAGAGGUAGCAGAAUUUGUAGAAGAUGCAGAGAGUACCCUCAGCUUCUUGACAGAUAAAGAAAACAAUGCAAACUUCAUGUGUGAAGUGGGUAGUUUCUCUGAAAGGAAACCCUCUGAGGACUUCACAUCUAGCAACGAAGAGGCUGUUAUAACUGAAAGCAGUGAAAAUACAGAAAGGCUGGAUGUAUCAAAGCUGAGUUCAGCCUUACAAGAAGCUGAAGGGCAAGCUGUGCUUUGGAAGUCUGGUGAAGAAGGUGCAGAGAGUUCUGAACUUGCUUUUUUUGAGGGCAGAAGCACAACUGAGAACACUGCUGAAGUCAAAAAUCAGACGUGGCAAGAAGAGCACUGUAGUGAUAAGGAGAUAGAAGAAAAAUGCCCUGAUCUGGUUGACUUAUCCAGUUUAAAUAAGAAAUUCAGGUAUGACAGAAAUGAAGAGGGUGUCGUGCAUCUUGUUGAGCACAGAACAAGGUCUGCAAGUCCCACAUCUGUCAGAAGUGUUGGGAGCUGUUCAACCAUUCCAGUGGAGCUGGUGAAACAGAAGGUGAAACGUCAGCUGAGCAAACACCAGAAGGCUGCUCUAAGGCAGAGGCUGCAGAAAGGAGAAGCAAAUAUUUACACCAAACAACGUCGGGAAAAUAUGCACAACAUUAAGUCAAGCUUGGAUGCAGCUAGUUUCUGGGGGUAAUUUAUUAAAGAAUAUGAGAAAACUUGUCAUUUAUAAAGGUUAAAUAAUUAUGCUCAUAACCAAUAAUCCUUUAAUACCAAUGGAGUCUUCUCUACACCUAAUUACUUUAUUUCUGGAAGUGAAUAAUCCUCAUUCUGAAUCCUGUGACUUCAUUUGGGGGAUUUAGCUUUUUGUUUCUGGUUAAAAAGCAUGGACUGUAAUUUAAAUUAAAUUAGUAGUACCAGUUAAGAUAAUUUGAACUACAGUCAUUUCCAACAGUAUCAUGUUGGAAAUAAUUGCACUGUGUUGAUUUGGAGUAAGAAGCUUGUGCUGUGCAGAGGAUGCCUCAGAAGAGGGAAGGAAGGGAUAUUUUUUAAACCAGGUUUUGUAAUGAUACAAAAAUUUCAAAUGCUGCCCUCGUGUAAUAAACACAUUUUUUUUGUUUAAUUAAAAAUGACAAAUAUGAACCUGAUAA